UCGUAUGCCGAUUCCAAAUCCAAUUUCAAUUUCAGUGUGUUUUAGAUUUAGGGUUCACUGAAAAUUCUUUCCAAAUCCCAAUUCCAAUUUCAGUGUGUUUUAGAUUUAGGAUUCACUGAAAAUUGAAAUGUUUGACGCAAACUGAUUCCUUUUUUAAAUUAGGGUCUCUCAGGAAAGAAUAUAAACCAAGUGAUUUGGGGGAAAUUUCCUUACUUUAGCUGGUUUUCAAAUCCAGGGUAAUCUCAUGUUAAUCAAUUUCAAUCCUUUUUUCAUUUAUUAUGUUUUUGUAUCAAUUUAUUUUCCAUGUUGAGCUGUAUUAAGAAUAAUCUUUAGUUAUAUCCAAUGUAGGAAGCAACUAGCAGGUAGCUCCAUUAUUAUUUAUUUUAAGUUAUGAUGACGAUGAGCAUACAACCCCACCGUCUUGGUUGCGGUGAUGAUAUUACCACCAAUACUAUGACAGUGAUGGAGAAGAAGAAAAGAGCAUAUAGAAGAAAUGAUUGUGGGGAUACAAACACGUCAACUGUGAAAAGAGCUUAUAGAAGAGAUACAAAUACGUCAACUGUGAUGGUGAAGGAGAAAAGAGUGUAUGGAAGAAAAGAUUGCGGUGACACAAAUACGUCAACUGUGAUGGAAAAGGACAAGGAAAAGAAAUGUGCUUAUAGAAGAAAAGAUUGGGGUGACACAAAUACGUCGACUGUGAUGGAAAAGGAAAAGAAAACUGCAUAUAGAAGAAAAGAUUGGGGUGACACAAAUACUCCAACUUUGAUGGUGAAGGAGAAGAAAAGUGCAUAUAGAAGAAAAGAUUGUGGUGAUAUGAAUACAUCAACAGAGAAAGAGAAAAGAGCAUAUAGAAGAAAAGAUUGUGGUGAGUCUAUUACUCCAGCUGUGAUGGUGAAGGAGAGGAAAAGUGCAUAUAGAACAAAAGAUUGUGGUGAUACAAAUAUGUCAACGGAGAAGGAGAAAAGUGCAUAUAGAACAAAAGAUUGUGGUGAUACGAAUAUGUCAACAGAGAAGGAGAAAAGAGCGUAUAGAAGAAAAGAUUGUGGUGAUACGAUUACUUCAACUGUAAUAGUGAAGGAGAAAAGAAUAGAUGGAAGAAAAGAUUGUGGUGACACAAAUACGUCAAUUGCGAAGGAAAAGGAGAAAAGAGUGUAUGGAAGAAAAGAUUGUGCAGACACAAACACGUCAACUGUGAUGGAGAAGGAGAAGAAAAGUGCAUAUGGAAGAAAAGAUUGUGGUUACACAAAAACGUCAUUUGUGGUGGUGAAGAAGAAGAAAAGUGCAUAUAGAAGAAAAGAUUGUGGUGACACAAAAACGUCAACUGUGAUGGUGAAGGAGAAGAAAAGUGCAUAUGGAAGAAAAGAUUGUAGUGACACAAAAACGUCAACUGUGAUGGUGAAGGAGAAGAAAAGUGCAUAUAGAAGAAAAGAUUGUGGUGGUACAAAUACUCCAACUAUGAUGGAGAAGAAAAGUGCAUAUAGAGGAAAGAACUACCUUCCUCAUGAUUUAAUUAUGGAAGAAAUAUUAACCAAGCUUCCAGUCCGGACACUGCUAAAGUCUGUUCUGGUAUCCAAACUCUGGUAUAACUCCAUUCAUAAUGAUAAUAAACACUUAACUUAUUCUCAUUUCCUUCAAUCACAGAAAAAGCCCGAUGUUAUCCUUAGUCUUCUAAAUGUUAAGGAUGAUGGGGUUGUUAAGAAGACGGGUGAGCCGGCUAGGUAUGGGUGUCACUUCUUCAAAUUUACUCCUGGAAUUUACUCUGAUGAUGAUGAAAAUGCUCUGGAGUUUGACAAGUUUCGAGGUGGUCUUGUUGGUCAUGACAUAUGGGAACAGGUUGGUUACUGCCAUGGAUUGCCUUGUAUGGCUAUAGUGGGUAAUUACUCGACUGGUUACAUAAUUUUGGACGCAAACAGGAAAGACUUUAUGUAUAUCUAUCCAGCCAUUGAUGGUAAGUGCUGUGUCUCCAGUGCCUGCAUCAUCUGUCACGGAUUUGGGUUCGAUCCUUCAGCAAACGAGUACAAGUUGGUAAGCAUUUUUCGUACUAUGCAAAAGGAGCUUAACGUGGUGGUGUUUACAUUGGGAACUAAAUUAUGGAGAAAUGUCACUGCUACAAGCACUCCCAUAUCAUGGUUUGGCGGUCGUCUUAUUACAAAGAUAAGAGUGCCCACGUGCAGUAAUAAAUCAGCCGUCUUCUGACCCACUAGUAGUGGCAGUGGAUGUUUGGUUUGGAAGAUAAUAACAAGGGAGCUGGAUCUAACGAUAUUCAACAUGAAAAUAGUAACGCUGUUAAUAAUGAGAUGGAGAUGCUACUGUCGUUCAAUCUCAAUGAUGAGAAGUUGCAGUUCAUUCAACUACCAGCUAAAAGUGCAACCGUUGAGCAGAAAAAGAACUUACUUGUUGAUUAUCCUCAUCUUCUGGAGUUCAAGGGAUCUCCUUGUAUUGCAUGUACUGAGAAAAUAUCAGCGAAUGGAAGUGAUUAUCCUCAUCGUUGCCGUGAUGAUCAUCAGGGUAGUGGUAAUUGUUGCUGUUGCUGUAAAGUUCAUUUGUAUGUGUUGAAGGAUAAUGUCAAGCAAGUGUGGGUUAAGGAGGAGAGUUUUGAUGUUCGUAUAAAUUCUACUCCCGAGUGGUUAGUGCCACCUGGCACCAGAAUCCUGCUGUUUUUGCUUUGGCAGCACUACUACACCUCCUACUCGCAUUUGCAGUUUCUCAGAUCAGGUGUUGCUUUACUGGUUCAACGGAGAUUCUUUUCAAGUUUACAACUUGCGUUCUGAAAAACUUCAGCUUGUACUGCCUUUUAAACCUAGUAAAGUGGAUGUUCUCUUUCGAGCUAAGAUGAAAGAACCGCGGCGGAAAUUUAAUUCUGGUGAUGAUGAUAUUUAUUGCUCCAAUAUGGAUUAUCAGCUGCACUGUCAUGAAGAGAACUUACUCUCCCUGCAAACCUUCAUACCAGAGGGAGUGGCAGGAGUAGAUGCCGAUGUUCUCAAUGAAAUAGAUUUGAAGAGAGAAGACCGUCCAUGUUCAGCAUACAUGUGUAUCUACAGAGGCUCAAAAGUGUUUUAUCCUCUUCUUAAUUAGUACAGACCAACUAACUUAUCUUGGUAACUGUCAUCAGUUUGGUAGAUUAAUUUAUUAGUCAAAGUCUUCAUAAAUUCCUUUGAAGUCCGCUGAAUCCCGUAAUGUGUUCAAUGGAGAGUCAGUGAGCUCCAAACUACAUUUUCAUUUUAAAAGUGGUUCUUGAUGGUGCAAGCUUGUUUUGUAAAGCCAACUAUAUUUUUGCCCAAGACCUGUUGGUGAACUUUAUGCUGCUGCGGUAAAACUUCGCAAAGUUUAUAAGAGUUGCCGGAUACGGAGAAAUCUUGCAUAUACUGUGCAGUUGUGGUGUAAGAGCUUUGUGGAAAGUUGGACUUUGCUGCUCUCGAGCGGAGUUCAGUAAGUUUCUUCAAUGCUGAGAAACCAAAAAUAGCUUUUCCAGGAAGGGCAUGGGCAAAGGACAAGACCUUCCAAGGAUUAUACGGCUCUAUUGGCAGCAGCCAGGCAAAGCCAAAACCCAACUUGAAGUUGCAAGAAAGAAAGUGAAUUGCGGUGACCAGGGAUUGAAUAGGGAUGGACUUUGCAACCCAACUUGAAGUUGCAAGAAAGAAAGAAAGAAAGAAAGGAAGUGAUAUUUGCAACCCAACUUGACCAGGGAUUGAAUAGGGAUUCAUCACCACCACCUUCAUCAGCACCGUAACCAAAUGCAAUGCUAGAAUUGUAACCAGAAAUACAACUACAAUCAUAACAUACUCCACCAAUUUCAUCUCGUCGAGAUACUAUUCGAUCCCGCUCUGGUCCAACUAUAGGGCGGAUAACUUCGGGAGGAGGAAGACAACCUAUGCAAGUGGAUUGCCUCAAUGAGAUCACACCCUAGAGCAACUAUCAGUUCAGUUCAGAUCAGUUCGUGUGGAGGAUGAGAGUUUGGUUACUAAUCCAACAACGACAAGAAGUGCUGGUAGUUCAUCAGCGUCUCCUGUGCCAAAUUACAUUUUUGAUGCAAAUGCAAUUGAAGUUUCAAUCUCUGACAGAACUCCAAGUACUACUGCGCAGAUUUUGAUUUGAUGCUCCUGGUCAUUGUGACUUUUUUAGAAACAUGAUUACUGGUAUCUCUCAGGAUGAUUGUGCUGUCUUCAUUAUUGAUUCAACAACUGGAGGUUUUGACGCUGGUAUCUCAAAGGAUGGUCAGACUUGUGAGCAUGCUUUCUGGCUUUCACCCUAGGUGUCAAGCAGAUGAUCUGUUGUAAUAAGAUGGAGGCGACCUCCCCCCAAGUACGAUCAAACUGUGAUGGCGCCCACCACCCCCAGGAAUGUUGCUGAGAAGGAUCUCAAGCGUGGUUUUGUUGCCUCGAACUCCAAGGAUGACGCUGCCAGGGAAGCCACCUCCCAGGUUAUCAUAAUGAACCAUCCUGGUCAGAUUGGUAAUUAUGCUCCAGUUCUUGGCCUUCACACAUCUCUUGGAGAGGAACCCAAGUUCUCAGAGAAUAGUGAUGCUAGUAUUGUCAAGAUGCCCCAACCAAGCCCAUGGUUGUAGAGACCUUCUCUCAGUACCCACCUCUUGGACGUUUCGCUGUUAAGGACAUGAGGCAGACGGUGUUGGUGUCAUCAAGCAAGUUGAGAUGAAAUGAUGCAUCAGGAGCCAAGGUCACCAAGUCCGCUGCCCAGAAGAAAUGAAGUGAGAGUAGAGUGAUGGUGAUAAGAGGGUUUACAGGAGGGAUUUGUCUUUAUUUUUGGACUAGGAGUCAGUUUUGUUUUUGGUUUUCUUUGAUUAGGCACCAUUGCAGUCUUUUGUUUUGUUGCACAUCCAGAUGUAAACCUGGGUGCUUGACAGGCGGUGGCAAGUGGAAACAAGAGGUUGGGCUGUUUAGUUCCUUUAAAAACUUGCAUCGGGAUAUGGACGUUUCCUGUUCCUGUUCCUGUUCAUAACUGUUUUGCUUCCCUGGCAACAAGAGGUUGGCCUGUUUA